AUGGCAAUGGACAAGAACAUCGAAGAAUUUUUGCAAGCUCAUAACAACUUUUUGCUCGUAAGGUACUCCUACUCAAAUAUUAAGAAGAUCACUAGCAAUUUUAAGUAUAAACUGGGUGAAGGGGGGUAUGGUUCUGUCUUCAAAGGAACACUUAGAAGUGGAAAUGAAGUGGCCAUCAAGAUUUUGAAGCAUUCCAAGGCCCAUGGCCAAGAUUUUAUCAGUGAAGUGGCUACUAUUGGAAGAAUUCACCAUGUUAAUGUAGUGCAACUCAUCGGUUUUUGCUUUGAAGACUCGAAACAAGCUCUCGUAUAUGAUCUUAUGCCAAAUCGAUCCUUGGAUAAGCACAUUUUCACGGAGAAAGGUAACAAGUUUCUUGAUUAUGGGAAAAUAUAUGAGAUUGCUCUUGGGGUGGCAAGAGGGAUUGAAUACUUACAUCGUGGGUGUGAUAUGCAAAUAUUACACUUUGAUAUCAAACCUCACAACAUUCUUUUAGACAAGAAUUUCACUCCAAAAGUUUCUGAUUUUGGUCUUGCAAAACUUUAUCCCACCAAUCAUAGCAUUGUCUCAUUGACUACUAUAAGAGGAACCUUGGGAUAUAUGGCGCCUGAAUUGUUCUACAGAAAUAUUGGUGGUAUAUCUUAUAAAGCCGACGUCUACAGUUUUGGGAAGUUGCUCAUGGAAAUGGCAAGUAGAAGGAAGAAUAUAAAUGCCAAUGUAGAACACUCAAGCCAAAUUUAUUUUCCGUUGUGGGUGUACGACCAACUCAAUGAAGGAAAAAUUGUUGAAUUGGAAGAAGUUGUAGAUGAGGAAAGGAAUGUGAUACAAAAGAUGAUACUAGUUGCACUUUGGUGA